AUGAUAAGGAAACAGCAGCAGCAGCAGCAGCAGCACAAGCAGCAGCACCCCAAUCAUCAGCGCCACAACAGGCAUCAACAGCACAAUCACCAUCAACAGCAGCACCAUCAUCAUCAUCAUCAUCAUCAGCAGCAGCAGCAGCACCACCACCACCACCACCAUCACCAUCAACAGCAGCAGCAGCAACAGCAGCAGCAGCAGCAGCAGCAGCAACAGCAGCAGCAGAGAUUACGCAUAGCCAUAGUCGAGCUGCGCAGAGCUAAGGAAGAGACCGAGGGACAGCAGCAGCAGAUGCUUAAUAUCUGCAGCAGCAGCAGCAGCACCAAUGCUGCAUAUGUCUCCUAUAGCAAAAGAUAA